AUGGCACCUCUCUCACUACGCGCCGGAGCUCCUGUCCUGCGUCUUCGCAGUCUGCAAUCGGCCCAAUUGACCCGCAACAUUGCGUCACCACGCGCCCUAUACAGCAUUUUGAGUGCGGGCAAUCCAAGAACUGGCAAUGUACAGAAUACAAGCAUUCCUACACAGAUCCAAUACUCCUUGGCAGCUACACAAUCAUCUGCCCCCAUCGCCCGAACGUACUCAUCCGACGCAGCGGGCAAACCAACCGCCGACCUGUUGAUCGAAGAACUCCAAGACCUCUACGAAGUCGCUAAAGACGAAUUUGAAAUCGCCACCGAUAGCACAGAUGGUGCUACUAUCUACGCCGCCUCAGACCGCGAGUCUUCUCGCGACGCCCUGAACCAGCUUUGCGCCGUAUACCAUCUCUACACCGCUCGGCCUGGCGAGGAAGUUGACAGCGGUGUGAAAGUUGAGGCUGGAGCCGAGAAGGACGGGGAGGCUCCUGUGGUCGAGACGAAAUUCAACCCUGCAGAUAUUUCGGGCGAGGUGCGCGACGAGGUGCGCAGACGUGUUGGGCAGCGGGUGAGGGAGUUGCGCAAUGCGGUUGAGGUUCUGGAGGAGAGGGCUCAUGCUGAAUAA